UGAAGUAAAACCAGUCUUCUUGAAAUAAUAAGAGAUGUUUGUUCCUAAAACAGAUAACCAAUCUGAUCCCGAGGAUCCACGUGGAAGUUCUGGUCCUUGGCAAUGCUCCAUUUGCGCACAGGAAAAUGACACCGGUCUUAUAUCCUGUGAGCUAUGCGGCGUUCUUCGGGAUUUGUCGCUGUAUUUCAAUAACGCCGAUGAAGCGGAAGGUGGAGAUAAACGCAGAAGCAAGCAUUCUGGAGUAUCUGUACUGGCAAGAUCGCUUUUCACACCAUCCAGUCCAAAAUCGAAACCUGUUGUUUUCUCGGAUGGCUUCAAAGGCAACAAAAAUGCAACAGGAUAUACACAAGCUUCGUUGGAUGCUCUGCAUAAGACAUACAUGACGCAUAAACAGCGCCGCAUUAACAUAGUGCCUUUCAAGUUUGAUAUACCAUCUCCUGAUGACAUGGUCUCUACGGGCUUAAAAUCAUCCAGACAUUUGAGAAGAGAUUUUGUUGAUAUCACCGUAAAGAAAGCUAUGGCUGAUGAUGAUGAUCUUGUAACUGAGAAGGACACAAAUACAGACCCAAGUUCAGUAAUGAAUUUAGAUGAAGCUGGUGGAAGUAGUAGCAGUGUUGCUGCUGAUUUUCAAGAUAAAACUCUUGCUUUGGACAAUGAGCUACAGAAUUUGAGUUUGGAGAGGAAGAUAAAAAGCAAAAAAGCCAAGAUUAAGAAGCCAAAUCAUGUUUCACAGUACAAACCAGAACGAUGGAUGCUCCAGGGUGAAGAUCAAGAAAUGCCCAGACAACUAAAUCUUGCUAUCGUUGGUCAUGUCGACUCUGGGAAAUCAACUUUAUGUGGUCGAUUGCUGCAUGCCCUUGGGAGGAUUUCAAAAAAGCAAAUGCAUAAAAAUGAGAAAGAAGCCAAAGAAAAGGGGAAAGGAUCGUUUGCAUAUGCUUGGGCUAUGGAUGAGAGUGCUGAUGAAAGGGCACGUGGCAUUACAAUGACUGUGGGCGUAGCAUACUUUGACACCAAAAACUACCAAGUUAAUCUGCUUGACUCCCCUGGUCACAAAGAUUUCGUUCCUAAUAUGAUUUCUGGAGUUACACAGUCUGAUGCAGCUGUCCUAGUUGUUGAUGCCUCUAUAGGGUCAUUCGAGUCGGGUAUGGGUAUUAAUGGGGUUGGACAGACAAAAGAGCAUGCACAGCUUAUCAGAAGCUUUGGUGUUGAGCACUUGAUAGUCGCUGUUAAUAAGAUGGAUUCAGUGGAAUAUUCGAAAGAACGGUUCAGUUAUGUGAAGUCACAACUUGGUAUUUUUCUCCGGUCAUGUGGUUAUAAAGAAUCGGCGAUUUCUUGGGUUCCUUUGAGUGCGAUGGAAAAUGAAAAUUUGGUGGCACGAGCUUCAGAUACUCGUCUAACAUCAUGGAUUGAUGGAAGUUGUCUUCUGAAUGCCAUUGACUCGUUGUCACCUCCUCACCGGGACGUUUUAAAGCCGCUGCGCCUUCCAAUCUGUGAUGUUAUUUCAUCCCACAUGCUGGGGCAAGUGGCUGUCUGUGGUAAAGUCGUGUCUGGAGCAAUCCGAAGCGAUUCCAAGGUUCUAGUUAUGCCUGCCGGAGAGUUGGCUACAGUAAGAAUCAUCGAGCGGGACUCCUCUCGUCUCAGCUUGGCAAGAGCCGGGGACAACAUUGCGAUUGGUUUGCAAGGGAUCGACCCUAUCCAUGUUAUGUCCGGUGGAGUUCUUUGCCAUCCAGAUUACCCCGUGUCUGUGUCCUCUUCCCUGGAGCUGAAGAUCUUGGUUCUGGACAUCACUGUACCAAUACUGCCUGGCCUUCAGCUUGAGCUCCACGUGCACCAUGCGAAGGUGUCAGCGGGCCUGGUCAGGAUAGUAUCACUGCUGGACCAGAAGACAGGGAAGGCCUUGGCGAAGAAACCGCGGCUGCUGACCGCGAGACAGGCCGCCAUCGUCGAGGUGAAGCUAGAGAGGGUGGUCUGCGUGGAGGAGUUCUCGGCCCUGAAGGCGCUUGGCCGUGUGUUCCUGCGGUCGCAAGGGUGCACCAUCGCGGUGGGCGUGGUGACCCGUGUACAUGAGUUGCAAGAGGAAGCUUAGGUAAUUGAAAUGUAAGCCUUUUUAGAAAGCUGAUUUUGGACGGAGGCAGUACAAACAAACAGGUGCUAAUUUAUGGGCAGUUGGACCAGUUGUGCACAUUUAGUUUAGGAAGCUGAUUUCGGUAGGGAGGUAGUACAAACAAACAGCUGUUAAUGUAUAUGCCGUUGGACCAGUAGUGUACGUUUAGUUGCAGAUAUCAUACACCUGUCACUCCCCUUUGCGCAGACAGCAACGAUGAAAACUAGUACUUACUCCGUUUUAAAAA